AUGCCCGACCCCGGCCUUACAAUGCUUGCCAUCUCCGCCGUGCUCUUCCAGGUGAUCGUCAUUAUCGCAGUGUGGCAUACCACGUCGCUCCGUCGCUCCACCGACGACCCCGAGGAGGACGCUCGGCGCGAGGAGCGAGAACGCAGGGAGGGCGCAGCUCGGAGAAUUCGGGAAUUCGAGGAACACGAGAGGAGGCAAGAACUUGAGAAGAAGCGCGGGGAGCAGCGCAGGCAAGACGCCGCCAUGCUUCGCGAGCUCGCGAGGAGAACCUCUUCGUUGGGGCAGGCGGAGGGGGAGCAUGACGAGAAGGCUCCGCUGCUUCCGCGGGAUGAGAAGAACGUAUGGUGA